AUGCGUCAGAUUAAAUACUCUGAUCUCAACAAGGUGAUUGCACAGCUAAAGUUGGAGAACAAGUUUAGCUAUAUCUACUCCACACCCGUCAUUGAAUCAUUCAUCAACCUAUUCUUUGAGACUGGCAAAGAGAAUCCACAUCUACUGAAUCUUGGCUACCAAUUGUUCCGUGCGUCACAAAAGGUGCAAAUUAGCUUCUCUCGAAACACACUCAAAGCAUUCCAGAAUCAUCUGCUCGUUGUCCAAGAAAAGUCGGGCCAAAAGAUACCGUCCGAUGUUUUCGCACUGAUUUUCGGUGGUACCGAAAGCUCCACUAAACAACUGCUGGAUUUGGAGCAUCAACUCCAAGAGAAUCCAAGUCGUCCUAUCACCAGCGACGAUCUCAAGCUCUAUCAAGUCACACCAAAGAAGAACGACCAUUUCAUUGAACUGGGAAUACAGUUGUUCAUCCAGCAUCAUUCGUCGGUCAAUGGCACGGAGAGCAUCCGUGAGUAUGUCCUCUCCGAUGAGAUCUACAAGCAACUCCUCACCGGCUCAUCGUUUAUUCUCAAGAAAGUAUUCUAUCUCAAAAAGCUGUUUGGUUAUCUCACUGGUCUGGGACGAUCCGAUAUCAUCAGAGAUUAUAUCACCGCUGGAAAUGGACUGGCAACGAUCGUUAGUAAAUCGAUCGAUGUCGACCUCCUCUACUACAUCUUGAUAUCGUACACCACUGCAAAGGAGAGAGUCGAAUUUUUGAAACAAACUACAUUCCAAUCGAUAGUUGGCCGUCAUCAUUUGGAUCUGGAGACUUUACUUCGAUCGGAUUCAACAGAGUUUUUCGAGGAACCCGCUCUCCUAAACAUUUUGGAUAUGUUUGGUACAUCUGAUGUUUUUCAAUAUAUUGAUUUAAAACUUGAAUCGAUUCAAUAG